UUUGAUAAGAACAGUCAUCCUUUAUAAUCACUUCCGCGGGUUUGGCUGGACAUUCAUUCUUGAACGUCACCUUCUAUAGGAAGCAAGGGGUCUGAAAAUGAAUUCCAAAACAGUCUAUUUGUUUGUGACAGUGCUGGUAGCAUGCUGUGUUCAAAAUGGCUGGUCGCUAAAGUGCUAUACAUGCGCAUCACCUGAAGAUUCGACGUGUGGACGUGACUUCAAUUCCUCCACGGUACCUGCUUUAGAAUGCGACGCGCCCAACAACGUGUGCAUUAAGGCAAAGCCUAAAAUCGAAGGGGUAACUGUUGUUACAAGGCUUUGCGGAACCAAAGAUGCGUGCGCGCUUCUUGCAUCCUGUGUUACUUGUGAUUCAGAUCUGUGCAACACAUCUGCGUCUGUGAAGUUCCAAUUUUGGCUUCUGUCGUUAAUCGGUGUAGUCUACUUUUAUUUAUAAAAUUUAGUUAUGCAUGCUUCAAAAAUUGUGUAACUUCUAACGUGCCUACUUAGUUAAGAGUACACUCUGUACACUUUUGCUUGUAUUCUGUUAAUAAAUGUCAGUCUGACUCCUG